CGCGUCGGCCGGGACCCGCGGGAUCGCUGCGCGGCGGGGCGAUGAGCGGCGCCCGGGCUCCGGGCCCGGCGGCCGGCGCUGCCGGGGACGAGCCUCCCGGUGCGGCGCUGAGCGUGGACGUGGCCGGGCUGCUGGCACAGCUGGCGCGCAGCUUCGCGCUGCUGCUGCCGGUGUACGCGCUCGGCUACCUGGGCCUGAGCUUCAGCUGGGUGCUGCUGGCACUCGGGCUGCUCGUGUGGUGCCGCCGGAGCCGCGGCCUCAAGGCCACCCGCCUGUGCCGCGCGCUGGCGCUGCUGGAGGACGAGGAGCGCGCCGUGCGCCUGGGGGUGCGCGCCUGCGACCUGCCCGCCUGGGUUCACUUUCCAGACACUGAAAGAGCAGAAUGGCUAAAUAAGACUGUCAAACAGAUGUGGCCUUUUAUUUGCCAGUUUAUGGAGAAAUUGUUUCGAGAAACCAUAGAGCCGGCUGUGCGGGGAGCACACCCCCACCUCAGCACCUUCAGCUUCACGAGGGUUGACAUGGGGCAGCAGCCCCUCAGGAUCAAUGGUGUUAAAGUGUACACUGAAAACGUGGACAAGAGACAGAUCAUUUUGGACCUUCAGAUUAGUUUUGUAGGAAAUUGUGAGAUUGAUUUGGAGAUCAAGCGAUAUUUUUGUAGAGCUGGUGUGCAGAGUAUACAGAUUCACGGUACCAUGCGGGUGAUCCUGGAGCCGCUGAUUGGAGACAUGCCCUUGGUGGGAGCUUUGUCGAUCUUCUUCCUCAGGAAGCCACUUUUAGAAAUUAACUGGACAGGACUGACUAAUCUUCUCGACAUCCCUGGGUUGAAUGGCUUGUCAGACACUAUCAUUCUGGACGUCAUAUCGAACUACCUGGUGCUUCCCAAUCGCAUCACGGUUCCUCUGGUCAGCGAGGUGCAGAUCGCACAGCUGCGGUUCCCUAUACCAAAGGGUGUCCUGAGGAUACACUUCAUUGAAGCUCAGGAUCUUCAGGGGAAGGACACUUACCUUAAAGGACUUGUCAAGGGAAAGUCAGACCCCUAUGGAGUUAUUCGGGUGGGCAACCAGAUCUUCCAAAGCAAGGUCAUCAAGGAGAGCCUCAGUCCUAAGUGGAACGAGGUUUACGAGGCUCUGGUCUAUGAGCAUCCCGGACAGGAACUGGAGAUCGAGCUCUUUGAUGAAGACCCGGACAAGGAUGACUUUCUGGGAAGUCUUAUGAUUGACCUUACCGAAGUUGAGAAGGAGCGCCUUUUAGAUGAAUGGUUCCCCCUGGACGAGGUCCCCAGAGGAAAGCUGCAUCUGAAGCUGGAGUGGCUCACGCUGGUGGCCAGUGCUGCGGACCUGGACAAGGUGCUGAUGGACAUCAGAGCUGACAAAGACCAGGCCAACGACGGGCUGUCCUCUUCGCUGCUGAUCUUGUACUUGGACUCGGCGAGGAACCUUCCGAAUAACCCAUUAGAAUUUAACCCUGAUGUCUUGAAGAAGGCUGCGGUUCAGAAAGCUUUAAAGUCAGGGAAGAAGAUAAACAGCAACCCAAACCCACUUGUCCAGAUGUCGGUCGGUCACAAGGCCCAGGAGAGCAAGAUUCGGUACAAAACCAGUGAACCUGUGUGGGAGGAAAACUUCACUUUCUUCGUUCACAAUCCCAGGCGCCAGGAGCUUGAAGUCGAGGUCAGAGACGAGCAACACCAGUGUUCUCUGGGGAACCUGAGGGUCCCCCUCAGCCAGCUGCUCAGCAGCGAGGACAUGACUAUGAACCAGCGGUUCCAGCUCAGCAACUCAGGCCCCAACAGCUCGCUGAAGAUGAAGCUUGCCCUCAGGGUGCUCCACCUUGAAAAGCAAGAAAGACCUCCAGACCACCAGCACUCAGCUCAAGUAAAGCGACCCUCUGUUUCCAAGGAGGGGAGAAAGGUUGCAGUCAGAUCUCAGAUGCCCGCAUCCCCAGGCACCGGUGACAGCGGCACCGCCCCGUCUACACCGGUCAUUGGGGGCAGUGACAAGCCUGGUGUGGACGAGAGAGCCCAGCCUGCAGAGGCCGGCCCCCUGGAACCAGGGGACCUGGGCAGAAGCUGCUCCAGCCUGCAGGCCAGCGCCACCUGCUCCCCUAGCCACGCCUCCAUCAAGGAGCCCACCCCGAGCAUCGCCUCAGACAUCUCGCUGCCCAUUGCCACGCAGGAGCUGCGCCAGAGGCUGCGGCAGCUGGAGAACGGGACGACCCUGGGACAGUCGCCCCUGGGGCAGGUCCAGCUGACGGUCCGGCACAGCUCCCAGAGGAACAAGCUGGUGGUGGUCGUGCACUCCUGCAGAAAUCUCAUCGCCUUCUCUGAGGAUGGCUCUGACCCCUACGUCCGCCUGUAUCUGUUACCAGACAAGAGGAGGUCGGGAAGGAGGAAAACACACGUGUCCAAGAAAACGCUGAACCCCGUGUUUGACCAGAGCUUCGACUUCAGCGUCUCGUUGCCGGAGGUGCAGAGGAGGACUCUGGACGUCGCAGUGAAGAACAGCGGUGGCUUCCUGUCCAAAGACAAAGGGCUUCUUGGCAAAGUGCUGGUCGGCCUGGCAUCUGAAGAGCUCACCAAAGGCUGGACCCAGUGGUACGACCUCACGGAAGAUGGGACACGGCCACACGUGGUGCCGUAGGCGCUACCCCGGAGCCUCCCGCUGCCCCGCCUCUGUGCCCAGACACGCAUCCCUCGGACGCACCCAUGCUGUUUUUAUAAUUUCGUGUGUUCAGUCACGUGUACCUUAUGGUUUUAUAAAACAUGUUGACAUUUUAGGCAUAUUUAGCCAAUAUUAUCCUUGAAUUUUGUAUGCUUGAUUUCCUCCAGUAUUCCCGCCAGGUGUCACGGCGUGCAGCAGGGUGGUGGUUAGCUGCCGUGUGAUGUGCAGCGUAUGUGGGUUGCAUCCACCAGGAGGUGCUCUGUGGUGGCCUUGUUGUGUGUAUCGCUGAGGUACUUACGCUGUGUAAAUAGACUCUAUUUUUUAUAGUCUCUACAUGCUGGUUUCAAUUCAGAGGAAAAUAGAUCAAGGAAAUAUAUAUAUUUUUUCUUCUAAAACUUAUUAAAUUCUUAUGACAAAUAAUAAUUUUUGUCUUUGCAGGAAAAUGUUCUCAGUGACCUAUUUUGUGGUGUUUCUUUUUAAAAAAAUAGCCUGAAAGAUUAGUAAAUAUUAGUAUAUUUCUGCCCAUUAUGAAUGAUGAAAGAAUGUAUUCAAAAUAUUUACACUUCCAAAAAUACAAAGAUGUAUUAUCAAGAAGUCACUUGAAGUGCUUACAAGGAAAAAUGUAUAACUGAGUAAUAUAAGAUAUUAAGAGUUGUCAUGGCUCAUAAACCAUAGUGUGCUAAUCUGAAAUUUCUUGCAUAAAAUGAAAUGUCUUAAGUGUAUUUUCAGUUGCUUGUUGUAACUUACUCAUGGGACAGUGCUCAGUACACAGUGACCCUUUCCUGGAAUGUUACUCAGGCAGAUCUUCAAUGGCAGCAGUUAGGCUCUAGUGCAAUUUUCAGUGUUUUCUCAGCCCGCACUGUGUCCCAGAGGCUGGGAGGUGGAUUGGGGCCCGCAGACAGGAAACCAAGUCUGGACGUUACACGCAGGGUGGGCUCCCCGGGCUGGCACCCGCCUGAGGGGUCUCCGCUCGCAGCUCUGGGCGUCUGUGACCGCCUCCCAGGCUUCCCCACUUGCGCUGCCAGACCUCGGCGCUGGGCCGGUGUUUCACAGUUUCCAUUGGGGAGUAUAUUUUUCUUCUUAGAUUAUGAAAAGCAUGCUUUCUGUACUUAAACGGCUGAAGCCUCUGGGAGGGAGGCUCCUUCACAGCGUCCCAGCUGUGCGGCAGGCCGGGUGACACCAACGACUCCUGAGCAGUGAGGACGCCAGGCCACGCGCAGACGUGGGACAGGCACGAUGGGGCUGCCCAGGCGCGUUGGCUGCCUCACACUGUGCACCAUGGCUGACGUGUCAGGGGCUCUGGCCUCGCAGCGCAGGCCCUCAUGCUCUCCUCAGCAGUGAAACUUCGCGCUGAAGUUGCUUCCUGUCGUCACAGGAGGAUGCUGACGUGCAGGGACGCAGGCUCAUGGAACAUGUGAGGCCGGUGUGUUAGCAGCGUGGGAAGGACAUGUACUUCGUAGACCUCGCUCUGCCCGUGGCAUUGAGUUUGUUGGGGAUUUUUUUUAAAAUGAGGGUUGCUGAAGGGCUUCUGGUGUAAUUUCUAAAAGAGGAGAAAUACUCUGAAAUGUUAGGAUAGCAGUGAUUUCUACCAACAUCCUCAGUUUCGGGGCUUUGCAGCCAUGCGUGUCCCCUCUUCAGUGUGUUUUAUUGCUGGAAUGCCUCACUUAGGCAAAUAGCUUCAAAACCCACACAAAGCCAGUGGCAGCAUGAGGCCCACCCUCUGUGGAUGGUGGGGCUGGACAACCCCCAGCAGCCAGCUCCAUUCUCUUUGAAAGGGAAGAAGGAACGGAAAGGGACUAUUCUGUGGUCACUGAAACUCCUCCCACGUAGACUCUGCCUUUACGGCAGACGGGCCAUCACAGGCAACCUCAUGCACCUGCGGCGCGGCUGAGCAUCCCCGUCAGGCCGGACGCUGGAGGCCCAGGACGUGCAUCGCCAGUGCUCAGUAACUGACUGGUCCGGGAAAGGGAACUUUAACUUCUCUACAUGGAGGGAAAAUUAAGGUAGGCGAGUUUGAACUCUGUUACCUUACUGCUCGUCCUGUGCCUUAAAGUAGGAAGUUUGAGGUGGUGUUGCAAGUUUCAGUUUAAAACAGAAGCAGCCUUGUAGCUGUAUUUGCCACGAUUUUUCCAUCCUGUGAGAAUUCCGCGCACAGACGCUCCUGUCAGGAGGCCAGGCCUCCUUUGCAGACCAGCGUGUGUGCUCACCUGGGGCUGUGCCGGAUGCCGCGGCAGGUGCUGGUACACGGCCGAAGGUCCUCUCUGCUCAGCUGACGUCACACGACGGCGCAGGGAUUUACGCAGUCAGACUUCCACGUGAGCUCGCUUGUGACUUGUAUCCCCUUUGUCUCUUGAAGUGAGUUUUUAGUGUGGAACCGGAGAAUUUAAAGCAGAUAAUAGUGUUUAUGUUUGCUGUUUGUGAGUUCUUUCAUGUUCAGGAGAGGCAGGUCACUGGUAAAGGAACAUCCGAUCACUGGCAUGAGUCUUUAGUUUCUGUCUUCAUUGGCCUGUCCUCGGCCUGCCUCAGACUCUGGGCUUUGAAAACGGGAUUAUUUCCUGGAAGAUACUCACGAAUAGAAAACAGUCUUUUAAAUGUACUCACUUUGUAACUGGCGCCAAGAGGAGUGGAAGUGGGGCCUGGUCUGAACAAACGGAGGCGCCCCUGCCGGGGGCUGGAGCCAGGGUGGGUCUGUGCGCGGCCGCCCCUCCCGGCCCCCAGCACCUGGCCCUCUGGGUUUCCUUCUGCGUUGCUGGCCCCUAGGCUCUUCGCUGUCUUCUGACCCCAGACUCUUAAGUGUGGAGGAGCGCAGGUUUUGGGUCUGUUUAUUGUGUUUUGCAUUCUGCUUAAUACCGUUGGCACCUGUGGUUUCCCAUACAGACAGGGCUGCUAAGCUCAGGACCGUCUGCCCCUCUCCUCUGUCUCUCUGCUCCGUGUCCCAUCCGCCUGCCCAGUGCUUCGGCUGGAGACCUAGACCAUCCUGACGCCCCCUCCGUGUCUCUGCACACGCAGAUGCCCAGCCCUUUAGUUCUGCGGGCGGUGUACCCCGUCCACCAGGAGUCCCAGGAGCCCAGUUACCUCCCAGCUCACGCAGCUGGCCCACAUUCUCCACAUGGCAGCCAGAGGGACCUUUUCAAGUCCAGAUCGAAUGCACCAUCUGCUGUCUCCCGUUGCUCUCAGAAUAGAGACCGCUGUGGUCUGGUGUAUCGUGUGUGGCCCUGGGGCCCCGGCGCCUCCCCAGUGGAUCUGCUCCUGUCGGCCCCACCCCAUCUGUGAUGCCCCGCCCAGGACUCACACCUGCCUCCCCAGACCCUGCCCCGUCUGACCUCCCCCUCCCGCCCCGCUACUCAGCGCAGGUGGUUUCCUCCACGUUCUGACCGACACUUCGGUCUGGGUUCAGUCUCCUGUUGGAAGGGCCACGUUGCUCCUGUUUGUCAUGCUGAACACGAGUGUGAUUUAGCCCUGUUUACGGCUGUUCCCCGCCUGGACUGUAGGGGUCCUGGGCAGGGUUAUGUGGGUGUUUCUAAGUCUUUUCUAAUCGUUUACCACUGCUCCUCGCACAUGGUUGGUGGAUAAAUAACUGUUGGAUAAAGGGUGUAUGAAGUUGGGCAGACCUUAAACAACAGUAAUUUUCCACUUAAAGACAGACGCCCAUGGACAGUUCAUAGUAACAUUGUGAGACAAGGUACAAAGCCAGUGAUCUGAGAAGCCACUGAGGCAGGAAAGUGGGAAGGGAGCCGGGAACCUGUGGUCAGUGUUAAUCUGGAAAUCCUGGGCAAUACAGUAUGAAAAGAAAAUGAUUAUGAAUUUUGUGUUGGGCAAGAAGGUCAUUUUCAAAUAUGAGAUUGUCUCCCUGAAAAACCUAAGAAAUUCAUCUGAAAGCUUUUGAAUUGAACAAGUAUUGAAUAAAGGACCAGUCAUAAAAACAUAAA